AUGGUUUCAAAAAACUGCAAGAAUAGUGAAAUAGAAGAGCCUCUUCGACAGUUAGAAACAGACGAAAUAUCGGAUGAUAGAUGGGAGUCCGAAGGUGACGACUUAGAUUACUUUUCUACAAGAGAAGAUGUACAUGUACGUGUACAAGCGCUAGAAGAUGAUUUUGAAACUUGUGAUGGUAAUCUGUACUACCUAGUCAUGAUAACGUCGACAAGUCAGACCCUCCUAUUAUAUAUGACAAUAAUAACCAUCUGA